AUGGAGUUCCUGAAUCCCGUACGCAUCGCGCCGUUGAAAGGCACUGCCCGGAAGCCGGUUCUUCCUCUUGGUUUGUCGGCUCCUUGAAUGCUAUCCCUAGCGAAGGGGGUGAUGCUAAUGCUGGAUCCGAGGCUAGAAAUCAUCUCGACAAUACUGGAAUACCUCCCCGUUCAAGACCUGUGCAGGUUUGCCCGGGUAUCUAAACGGUUACAGGAGAUGGUCUACGAUGAUAGCCGAUGGGUGCAUAAGCUAAAGCUGAUGGGUAUCUGGAACGAAAUGGAAGCACGCCGCCGGUUUGAAGAUGCAAUGCGUCGGAGGAGGGCUGUCCAAGCUGCAAGAGCGGCGGAGGAGGAAAGGAAGGCUUUGCAAAAUGGGCCCAAAACUCUGAAUACUGGCCCAGCCGGUCGGCCUUCUGCUCCUGGAGUGGGUGGGUCUUUGACUCUAUUUGAUGCCGGGGAAGAGGACCAUAGAGUUCAGGUUCAACGGGAAGCUAGCAUACGAAGGGCGGAGCUAGAUGCAAAGAGGCGGACGGUUGCAGGCACGAUAACGGAGGGGAUUGACCUCAUGAACCUUGCUCCGCUGAAGCCGAUUGAUACACCGAGGCCUAGUAUGGCGGACCCAAGCUCAUUACUAAAAGUCUUGCCAUCGAUAAAGUCCAUUAGAGGGUUCGCCAGGCAUGAGUUUGGGAAGAUCUAUGCGGCACUGGGGCCAUUAUAUUUUGACCUUGCCAAGGCGAAGACUCAUACCGAUCCAGUCGUUUUCAGGAUAUAUCGGGAUCCCGAACAGCAGGCGCAGAUACUUGGGCAAUUGAAGGUCUUCGCGCAGUGUGAUACGGCACACGGGUGGAUGGAUAGGCUGGAGAGGCUGAAUCUCAUGAUUGGGAUUUUUGAGAAUGCAGCCCUGAGAGAAUUUGAGGGGUCAGCUUCUCAGCCCAACGUGGAGAGGGCCAUGCGGCUAACUAUCAUAGAGGAUACGAGACUGGGGAUAUCGACGGACGCAUGAGACGUUAUGCCAAUGUCCUCAUCCUCCUCAACGGCGGCCAGGCAUGUGUCCAAUUGUUUGUUCAGAAGCAUCCCGUCAUGUUCGAACGUGGGGAGCUGGGGAAUCCAAUGGAUAGCUUCGAGUCAGAGCACGUCUUGCCCCUAGAUUGGUAGUUUUCUAAUGAAUUUGCAGUAAACCGAUGCCUGGUUCCUUUUCGUUAGAACCUUCGUUACUUUUCUUCACCCGGCUCUCUGCGCUUCUCCUUGAGCAAGCAGAUGUUAUUGACAGGGUAUUUCCUGCGACUGUCAAUGUUAUGAUUCCUUUCUUAGAGCGGGUUGCAGAAGAUGUUAUCAGCGAGUUUGUUACUCCGAUUCUCGACGAAGCUCAUGAUCGCGAUAUCGAGCAGUAUCUAAAGGCUGUGGCUGGAAUCUAUCAUCGAUUGCUCGAAUUUGCCAAGACUGUUAAGGCAACUAAAGGCUCCGGGGAGAACUUCCCCGAAGAGGCGAUGAAGAUUAUGGGCCGGGUUUUUGAGGCACACGUGGAUCUCUACCUGCAGGACGAGCUAGACUACUUCCGAAAGAAGUGCGAAGCAGAAGUUGACUCAUGGGAAAAGAAGGUAAGCCGAUUAUCCGGUGUCUGUCGAUAUAGGAUGCUGACUAGUCUUUAAGAUUGUGGAAAAGGACGCAGCCACCGAAUCAUUUUUCAUGAGCAAUAUCAACCGAGAGGCAGAUAAGCGAGAUUUUCUAUCAACAUUCAAAAAGGUUAUUCUCAUGCCCGUUUCGGUUAUUCCGUCCCCCUUCUCAGCCAAACCCGCUUCUGCUACUGAGACAAAACCUGCCGAGUCAAGCCCAUAUGCGAAUUCGAACACACCGGGCGGGCUGGAGACCCCCAACGCGUCUCGUCCCGCCGCACCCAUGACCGCAGGGCAGGCCACCCCUGGGCCACUACCAACCACUGAAUUGGCUGCAAAGGCAGCGAUCAUGAAUUCUAGACUGGAGGGAAUUCGGUCAUUGUUCAGUCUGGAAGUUGCGUUGAACCUGGUGCAUUCUGCUAAAUCUAGUCUUGAGAGAGCCGCGUUGUUUACUAGUGCCGGCGGGCAGACCGGAGAAGAAGCGUAGGUAGCUCACUCUCCUCGGUCAGAUGCGAGACUAACACAUGGUAGCCGUGAGCAAUGCGAGCAGAUAUUCAUUGCGCUACUUCAAGUACUAGGCCCGCGGCACGUGAAGGCUGGUUUUGACAAAGCUGUCGAGCAUCUAUCGAAAUAUAACCCCCGAGAAAUCACGGAGCACUCUCAACCCGGAGUGGCACCUCUAGUUACAUUUUUAGAGUUAGUCAACGUCGGUGAUCUUAUCCAACAAAUGAUAGACGUAUUUUACGAGCAAGAGCUCGUAGCAACAAAGCUUACAGAUCCCAGAGAUUUCCUAAACCCCGCCGCUAAGGAAAAGAAGCGGUUCGAGCAGAUGCUCGACGAAAGAGUCGCCGCCGGAUUAAAUAUGGGAAUAGAUGUGAUACACCUGAAGUCAUAAUCCAAUCAUAUACAUAUACUAAUUUCAUACCCCGUAGGUCCUAAUGGAUGAAGCAGACCACCUUUUCGCAAUAACCCAGCAAGCCACAGACUUCAACCCCGGCGCCAUUGGUGACGCAGGGCUUCGAGACUUCGACAUAGGCCCUACCAAGACCGCGAUACGAGUGAUAGAGGUCGUAUCUUCCCACACAAAGCUUCUUACCGGCAGCACGGACAAGAACGUCCUAGACGUUUUCAAUCAAGAAGUCGGGAUUCGACUCUUCGCCUCCCUGUGCAAGCAUAUCAAGCGUCAACGCAUCAGCGUCGAUGGUGCCGUGAAACUAAUCAGGUUUUACCUCCCCUCCCCUUGCCCUCCAAAACAAGAAAAGGGAGGAAAAGAAAAAAGGAUUCCUCAAUAAUCACAAUCAAAAUUCUAACUGAUGGUGGCAAGCGACUUGAACCAUUACCACGCCUACAUAACAACGCUGAAAAUCAAGCCGCUGGUGCCAUACUUCAACGCCCUCCGCGAACUCUCGCAGAUAUACCUCAUCGACCCAUCGCAUGCGAAACAAAUGGCGACCGUGAUCGCAGAUCCGAAUCGGUUUGGCGGGAUAUUUAGGGUCGAGGAGGUGUAUGAGUAUGCUACCCGACGGGAGGAUUGGUACAGGGUUAAGAAGGAGGUCGAGAGGGCUAUGUAUGGAAUUGGGUGCUGUAUAUCUUGA